UAUGAAGGUGCAGAUAAAGAGGAGGAUGUCAGUGAUAGUGGAAAUAAGGAUAAUGUGGGCUGUGAUAAUUCUGCAGAGAAGGUAGAAAGUGUAAAGGCAAAGACAGUUAAUAUAGAUAUAAAGAAUAGUUCGAAAAAUGUUGCUGUUGAAAUAAGUAAGGUGAAUACAGACAAAAAAGAAAUACUUGAGGAAGAUUCAGAGCACGCUGAAGGUAGAGAAUCAUUUGGGGAACCUAAAUUGAAAGAUGAAAAUAGAUUAGUAUUUGAUCAGGAAAAAAUAAGUGAAAGAAUCUGGCAAGGUGAAAGUCUAUGA